CAAUAUUCUGAAGUUAGCCAGUCAGCCUGACUCUGUUAGCCUGUCAUGUAAAGCUGCUUGGUCCUGGAGGCGAACAGGGUCUUUUUACCUUGGUGUUUUUUGCAGACUUGGGAGACAGUUUGAUGAAUAUGGGGCAGAUUUUGCACCACUAAAGAACUCAGAGCCAUCAGAAAACCUCCAUCAGUGACCAAAGGAACCCAGCCAAAAGACCAAUAGAGGAGCAGGCAGGACUGGCCACAGUGAACUUUUUGAGCUCCUGGUCCUAGCGAUGGACAGUUGGACUCUCCAGGGGGACAGCUACUCCUUCAUGCGCAGUGCACCCCGCACAUUUUCCCUGUGCCAUCGUGAGGGUACCCCUAACCACGUUGAAAUCUUUGACAUCAUCAACAUCCCCACUCAGCGGAGCGUAAUCUCUGAGACCAACUGCCUGUGUGAAAUCUUUGGAGACGACUGUGAGUCAGCAUCUCUUUCAAGCAGUCCUGCCACGGGGCCCUUUGUCCCUUCCCAGACAGACGUGGAACAAAGAGCUGCUGCAUCACCGCAGGUGGAUGAUUUGAACGAUUCUUCUGGCAGCUAUCACACUGCGCCUGGUUCAAGUGAGGGAGAGGAGGGCUUUGAUGAUUCAAGAGAAAGGUAUUACAGCCCUGUCUGGCAAAAAGAGUCUUUAGAUGGGAGGCAGUCAGAUGAAAAAGGACUAAACUCAGAACAUCCACCUGUUUCUGAGGAUAGCAUUUUAAAUUUUGAGACAAAAAGCACAACCCCAGUAGCACUUCAGCAUAAUACAAGCACCCCAUUAUCAGUCACCCCAUCGUCCCAAGGCUUCAACAGUGGUGAGACGACACCAUCUCCUGGAUAUACCAGCCCCAGUACCUUCAAUCCAGAAGGAAGGCUGUCAUCUUCUUCUUCAGCUGAAAAUAGACUUUCACCUUUAUCACCUGGUGUUCAGGAAGUCCACACAGAAACUGAACCCAGAGCAAUAACCCCUUCAUUCAAAGACAGAAAGAGUGGUCCAUCAAUUCAGUCUUUGGGUCAUUCACUUCCGCAAGAUUUGUUUGAGCUGGGAGCCAGCCAGUUAAAUCAAAACAGCAGUUCAUCUCCCGAGACCCACAGCCUAUUUUCUCAGGAUUAUAUAGACAUUAAAUCUACAAACAACUUUUCAUCUUCCAUACCCUGUGGUUUAUAUUCAGAAUCUCCCUCAGAAGGACAGCAAGUCUCCCCUGAGCUCAGAAAUAGUUCUUCUUCCCCCACCACUCAAACAUCAUCUCCUUUCUCUGAGUUAAGAGGGAGGGUCUAUGUACCUGAUCUCUUUAGCAGAGGGUCAACACCUGAUAUAAAAGAUUCUACCCCCACCACUGAACUUUUUUCAGACAUUUCUAUUGCUGGAAGAGACACCACAACUUCUCCUCAGAGCCAGACCACAGGAUUAUCAACUGGACCAGACAGAUCUGUUUCCACACCUGACCCUCGGUAUACACCCCCUUCUCCUGUUAUUUUAGCAGCCACAUUUCCUGAGUUUGUAGAGGAUACAGUUUCAGCUGAAAUAAGGACCACAAGAGCCUCUUCUCACUUGGUUAGUCCUGCCUUUCCAGCCAACACUGGGUCAAAAAGUCCAUCCCCUGCUCCCUCACCUACAAUACAAAACAAUUCAACACUUUCUGAGAUCAGUAGUCCGGUGCCUUCAUCUGUGGUUAGUAAUAGUUUAUCUCCAUCACCUGGAGUGCAGCAGAACAGCUCACCUUUAGAGGAAGGAUACACUACACCAUCACCUGAGAUAAGGAUUGUAUCCUUCUCUCCAGAGCUCAGUAGGAAAGCGCAACACUCUCAAGUAACUCCAUCUCCUGCACUAGAGCAGAACAACUCACCUUUAGAGGAAAUAUGCACUUCUCCAUCACCUGAGAUAGCUAUUGUUGCAUCCUCUUCAAUUCUCCUUAGGAAAGAGCAGCCCUUUCAAGCAAAUGCAGUAUCAGAGUCUCCUCUCUUAGAGUCAAACUUUGGUUCUUCCAUACCAAGAAGCUUCACUUCCUCCCCAUAUAUUGCAGGAUUCUCCUAUUCUGUUGUUCAGCCCGAGGAAAGGACCGGUUCUCCAUUUCCUGAACUUUCUCAUAUCUCCGCAACAGAGUCAAACUUGUUUAUUGUGUCCUCUGAGUUUGGUAAAGUCAGUGUAGACACUAGUGUAGGAGAGUCCACUGGUAGCCAAAGAAAUUCACCUAAUUUCUCAGACAUCAAAAGUUCUGCCUCACUGUCUCAGCCCAGAGACCAAACACCUUCUCCUCAGCCAAACUAUCUCACGCCUUCACCUGAACCAAGAUAUCAAACCCAAUCACCAGACGAGUUUCAAAGCCCUUCGUCUCAGCCCAAGCAUCCAUCACCUGAAACUCCAUUUCCAGGGCAGAGAUACCAGCAAUCACCAACAGCACUUUCAACAGAAUUUAUCCCCCUGCAUCUAAAACACGUUAAUAUAAGAAGUCCAUCUGAGUUUCUGACAGAUUCUAUUACUGCAGGUAUCACAGAAAUACCAUCACCUCCACAUCUGGGAGCAGUGACAUCUUCAUUUGAAUUAGAAAGGAGAGAGGAAACAGGAGCUGUUGAAUUUAAAAGUAACUCAUCAGUGGUGGACGUUUGUACAGGUAUAUCGGCCUUAUCAGAUAAAAAUUCACACAACUCACAGAUACAACACAUCACAGAAAGAGAAGAAGCAAAAAAGGAAGAAUACUGUCAAGAAAGUUCAAGUGUGGUCAUCUCCACUCAAGAAAAACGCAACACUCAUACCCCCUUUUCUGAGGAAGAAGAAAUCAAGUCUACUUCCUGCGAUAUUAGAAGCCACACAGCUGUUCACAGAGCUGCAUCUAAGGAACCUGUGCAACGACAAGAACCUCUCCAUCCUAUGGUCCCUUCCCACUCCCUGAAUUUUGACCGUGAUAUUUAUCCACCAAAUUGUACUUGCACACCUCAGAACUCAAGAAGACAGCUGUUACCCAAAGUUAUAAAAGACGACAGAGAGAGGUUUGCAGGGGACAUGUCCCGUCAUGUAAACAGACGGCGUACUCCUUCUCCACCUCUCACUAGAUUUACACCUGUUCACAUUAUAGCCCCUCAGAAACCACAAAGAAAGUGGCAGAACAGAAGCAAAAGCCCCUCUCAAGUUUUAGCAUCCUCACUGAAUGGUAACUUAAAGGAAGCAACAACAAAUAGGGAAAGCCCCAAUGUUGAGCCUGUUUACAAUAAUAGCCAGGCCUACAGGGUCAGAAUUGGAAAGCAAUUGGAGAUGGACAGGGAAAUGCCAGUGGAGCAGGAGAGGGAUGUAGGUAUGGAGAGCCAAAUGGAUAGGGAGAUAGACAGAGAGAGAAGGAGGGAGGAGCAAGCUCCUGAAAGAGGGGAGGGGUGGCAGGGGGUUGCCAGUUACAGAGGGGAACAGGUUGAGCUGUCAUUCAAUGCCAGGAAUAGAAAAGGACCUGUGAGUCGCAGUGCAGCUCCCACAACCAGAGAGACCCGCCAGGGACUGCCAACGGCACAUUCUUAUUCAGAGAGUCUCCUUGCGACAAGGCAGCUACACCAACAACAGAGUCUGCUUAAACUUGCAGCACAGCCAGAGCCCAGUGGUUGCACCGGCAGCAGAAGACUUAGACCUCCCACAUCCCAGGACAGGAGAAGUGCGCCUCGAUGUGUGGCCACAAACAGGUCGUGUCAGAGCUCCAGCUCCAGUAUGGGUAGUGAACUUGAUGAAGCAGACCACGAGGUGAAGUGGCUUACAGAUGUGGCUUUCCGCAGCUUGUCAAGUCCUGAAGUAGAUUACCUCGAAAUGUACAACUCCAGCCACUGUUCAUCUACAAACAUUUCUCAACCAUCUACCCACGGCAGCCCAGCUGGGGUUAAUGCUGCCUGCCUGUCCUACGUUGACUUCAGAGGUUCUGCGUCAAAGCUCAACCUUGAUGAACUUUCCUCUCAAAAGCAAUAUUCUCAUAGUUUAAAUGGCCUAGAUCCGUUUAGAAGAUGUGAGUUAGGAAGCUUUGAAUGCAUAGAUGUUGCUGUGGAAAGAGAGGACUGCAGAAACGUGAGAAGAGGAGUGCCCAAAAGACAGAUCCAGCUAAAGAGAAGAACUAAUACAGAAGGGAAGCAGGAUGAGAGCAGUGAAAAUAGCAGUCCUGGGCUACCAAUGAUGCUGGAAAGCCCCUCUCACGAGACUCACCCAAGAGGGACCUUUGUGAGACAACACAGUACACCUGCAGCAAUGCAAAAAACUCCCCCUUCUGAGAGCAGCUCUGAGCUCUCUUUGGAAAAGGAAAGACAGUCCAAACUCCAGAAAUCUGCUUCUAUGGACGAGACAUGCUCUAAAACUAAGAUUGCUUCAUGCCUCAUCAAGAGUGUGUUGUCAAAGAAGAUGCAAAGUGGUGACAGACAGCCAGAUGAGCAAGCAACUGAAGAAGUGAGCCCACCAACAGAGAGUGAGAUGGCACCUUCUAAAGAGUCACUGAAAUUUGACUCUAGUAAUCUGAGUUCAAUUCUUCAGUCAGAUCAGAGCCUUUCAUCUGAGCAACUUUCAUUGAGGGGAGAAUCAGACAUGAAGGAUCAAGCCACCCUGUCCAAGGACUAUGGAGUGAAAUCUAGUUAUAGGCCAAGUUCAUCCAGCAGUGGCAGAGGUGUUACCUUUUCUCAGACUGACAACGAAGAAACUGAUUCCCAAACUAGAAGUACUAAAUCGUCAGGUGCAGAGAUGAAACCCAAAUUCAAUGUACCUUUUGAAAGUAAAAGAGGUGGUUUACAGUGCUGGAAAACACAUGAAAGGGUGGUAGCUGAAUCAGUAAGAGCUCCUGCUUGGGACACAGGAGCUCCCACAGCACAUGCUGCCAGCAACAUGCAGGCAAGAGUGACAAACAGAGACCAGGAAUGUGAAAACAAACAGCAACAAAGACAACUGCUGCAGGAAGACAAGAAUGACUACACAUCUAAAACACAGGAGAUCACUCUCAAAGCUGUGGAAAAGAAGAAGGCCUCACUAAAUGUCUGUCUCACACCAGAGACAGAAAGCAAAUCCUUUCCAUCAGUUGCAUCUGCCAGAGAGCAGGAAGAAAAGACUGAGACCAAAGCGGAAGACAAAAUACAGGAUGAAGGGCAAGAGGAUGACAAAGUUAAGGUUCCCAUUCACAAAGUUAGAGAUGUAAGGCGGCUUGUAAAAAAUACGUAUAACCUGUCCUUCAAGGCAGUUAGUCCUGUUAACCAACCAGUUGUCAAUGAAGAAAACUGCAAUGAGGAAACAAGGCAGGAGGCGUCAGUAGAGGAGGAAAGAAAUGUAUCACAGGAGGUAAGCAGAAAAGAGAUGAGAGAGGAAAGGGAAGAACUCAGGAUGGAGAAAACACAUGAAGAUAAAGAGGAGGCAAAAGAUUCAAAGACUCCAAUAUUACUUCAUUCAGCGCAGAACAAAAUAAAUUCUCCGUCUGGUCCACAACCAAUGCAAAUCGAAUACAAGGCUGUCUGCUGGAAAGAUGACAAACAUAAAAUGUCAAGCAACAAGAAAGACUUGGGUGAUAAACCCAGAGGCUCCUCAGCGUCUUCCCCAGAUGCAAACUCAAUAGCAAGCACACUGAAACACACAAUGGAAGAGAAGAUGGCCCAAAAGCUAGAUGAAUGUGAUAUCAGCAUCUCAGCAGAAAAGGAAGAGACUGUCACAGAAAUCCUUAAAGUGCCAAAGAGUGAGGACAUACCCAACAUGCUUGGAUGCCUCCCUAAACUGCCAAGUAAGGAGAGAGAAGUGUCCACUGCUGUAGUUUUAAUAAGAGAGAGGUCAAAUAAAUCCAACAUGUCUGCAUCUUUAACCCAUGAGGAGACUUCUGCUCAAAUCAAAGCUCCUGCUUCUCUCUCACCGGGGCCCUCUGUCUCUGGCGGUGCAUCUGGUGGAAGUGGUGGCCACUCAGUUUCAAUGCUUUUAAAGGAGAAAGGUUAUCAAGCUGACAUUGGAGCAGUGGUGGGCGACAGUCAGAACUCCGCUGGGGCUAACGCAGUUCCCUGUAAGCAUGUGAACUCUCUGGAGAUCCCUCUUCAGACCAUCCCUCUUUCAGAAAGGGGUUUUCCUGAAUCUCAAAGAGUGAGAACAUUCUCCUCCUCAUCUGCCACCUCUGGCACCUCAGCAAUGACAGAAAGUGUAGACAUUCUUAAAAAGCCCAUAGAAAAGGAGGGAGUUAGCAUUAAGCCUCCAAAAAAAGAAACUGAAACAACAAAAAGAGACACUCAGGAGCAAGCACCAGUACCCACCAAACAAAAAGACACCAUAGGAGAUUUUGAAGCAGUCAAAAGACUAGAUCCCACUUUCCCCCCAAGGUCCCCUGCUGCACGGAGAUUCAAACCACAGCCAGGUGAGACCAGGUCACCAUCAAAAGAAACUGAGAAAAAAGAAAUCCCCACACCAUCUUUGGGAAACCAUAGACCUCAAAUGAUUGAAGUGAAAUCUAUAGCUAAAAACGCUCAAAAACCAGUGGUGCCUCCAAAACCAAGCUGCAAAUUUAAGCCUGGAGAUUUAGGAAACGUGGUAAAUGAAGCACAGAGAACCGCAGCAACCUCAUCUGCUGGAAAACAACGAACUGAGGAGAGACCUCAGACAAUUAUUGUGAGCUCGCCUACAGUCUACAGGAAGAUUUCCAGUGAGUCUGUUUCAGCAUCAAGAAAACUUGCUGUAUCUGCUGUGUCAAGCCUUAAACCACCACCCCACAGAACAGCAGCCACUGUCUCCAGUCUCUCUAACAUUUCAACAGCAUCUUCAGACACAGAGGCAGUUACUGAGAGAGGUCAGCACCAACAAUCUGCAUCUCCUCAAAGCUCCAUGCAUGCACACAAACCUGGAUCCCUAACUACAACAUCAGACACUGGUUUAGGUGUAGCCCCGCGACUUGUUCCAAAACCAAAUCCAAACCAAAACACUGGAUCUACCCUACCUGAAGCCGACCAGUCGACUUCAGUAGAUCCAGACGGUCAACUGCAGUAUUCCAGGGUGACAUGUGUUCAUGAGCAAACUAUGCCUGUAACUUCUAACAAUGUAAAACAACUGCCUUCUGUUUCCACAACACAAAGGAACAUUCGUCAACCAUACAGUAAAACAGUCUCAAGUGAGCAUGUUCAGAGGAUCGAUGAGCAACAUUUUUAUGCCUCAGAUGACCCACCAAGCUAUGAUGAAAGAGAGAGCUUUAGUCCACUCUUGCUCCCCGAUUUGACUUCAGUCAGGUUAAAUCAGUAUCAACCUUCAUCCCAUCCUCCCUGUUCCUGUACAACUGGCUACCCCUCUCACUAUGGUCCUACCUCUUCUCACCAUCACUGCAGCCCCCAUAACCUCACUCCACCUGGCCCGCCACACUCCCCAGGCCCGGCAUUACCUUACCAAGUGGCUCAGCCCCCUCUCCAACCCCACCACUUUAGACCUGAACCUCAGCCAAUGGGUUACCAACCAAGAUCUCCCAAAUCAACCCCUCUUGGCACAAACCAACCAUCCUCAAUGUACCAGGCUCACCAUCACUCUGCUGCCUGCACUUCCCAUCCCUCACUCAUUCAGGCCUGCUCUGUUGAUCGCUCACUGCCACCACAGCAGCAUAUUGGACCUCGACGGCCGCCUGUCCACAGGUCUCCCCAUCAGCAGCCACCAAGCCUAACCGGGGCUCCUUACAGCGAUCCAGGACACAAUCACUCUCCUGGCCUACCUCCUAUGGAUCCUCAAUACCUAUGUGGCCCCCAAAGCAUGGGGCCCUCCUAUGGUUCAGAUUACGGUGCCGAUAGCUCUAGUCUAUAUUCAGAAAGUAGCUAUGCACAUCCACCACGUAGAGUGCUCCUGGAUCCUGAAACAGGAAAGUAUUUUUAUAUUGAGGUGCCUGUGCAGCCUCUUAGGAAAAUGUUGUUUGACCCAGAGACUGGCCAGUAUGUGGAAGUGCUCAUCCCGCAGCAAGCAAUGUCACAUUCAGGCCUGUAUCCUCCCGCUGCAGCCCCGUUCCCACCUCUCCACAACCCCAACAUUUAUGCCCCAGCUACUCAGUAUAUGCCCUGUGCUGCUCCUCCUCCAUUAGCCCACCCUCAGACUCAGUCUCAACCAGCCCAGUAUUCCGAGGCCUCUGCUGCACCUCCAAUGCAUCCAGGUGGGGUAAGCUACAGGAAUGCAUCAGGACAGGGAUCUAAGACAGAGCCCAAAAACCACCCACCAUUGGACCAAAGGUACCUGGAGAAUAUGUAUUAUGUCCCAAGUAUGAUAAAUGCAAGCCCAAAUACCACCCCACCUGACUAUUACCACAGGCAUCCUUCUAACUUACCCCCGACUGGGGGGAAAAGGUCCUGAAAUAGAGGGAAGAGGCCGCCUUCCUGGAGCCUGUAGAGUUUAAAAUACACUGUGUAUAAAUGUUGUACCUAAUGUUAGUUUGAUGUUAUUUGAGUUUUAACAUUACUACAGAAGAAAGCAAAUCUUUGGUUGUUGUUUAUUUGCUGAUGCUGCCAUAUUUUUUGCUGAGCUGCUUUUACAAAAAGAUUUUUAGGUUGGUGGCCUUGAAAAUACAUUUUGUGGGGAUUUUCUAUGAGUCGCUCUAUAGACUAUUAUCUAAACUUUUAUAUGUAAAGUGAUGCACUGGAGCAUGACAUCUGUUGGUUUAUUGAUUUACUGAUGUGUUUUUCCUCUGUUAAUGGCCGCAGACACUUGAAAAUGCAAUAUGAAAAGACUUGAUAUUUAUAUUAAUAAUGCAUCAACAUGGGUUGAGUGAGUUGUUGGGAUGUUUUCAACUCAAUGCAGCACUUUCAAUAAAAUUUCAAAUUCA